AUUUGAGGAUUUUGAUUUUACAAUGGAGAUGGAUUACUCCUAUGGAACAGAAAUAAGAACUCACUGGUCCAAGGUAUUUGAUGCAUUGUUGCUCAAGCCUCCAUCUUGGGCACGCCCUGAGGUCCAGGCCUUUUCCAUUUCCAACAUCCAACCUAUGCGUGGAAGAUGAAGUAAGUUCCUUUUUCAACAUUUUCUGUUGAGUCUGGUCUGUUCUGAGAAUGAAAAGAAAAGGGCACGCAGCAAAAUUUCACAGAGAAUAUCUUGCUAAUAUGGUUUUAAUUUUCAAAAGUCUAUAAACUUGCUCUCUUUACCACUCCAAAUGUGGCUUCAGGUUCAGAGGAGUUGAAGUCUUGGUAGAUUGAGAGAGAAGAGGGAUGGUUGUUAUGCAUUGCUCUGUACAAGUGUGUGUGAAAUACUGCACUAAAUUAUUGGUGUUGCUCUGCCAUAUAUAAAUGGUUCCUGUUCAGUCAUCUAAUGGCUCCUGAAUUUUACAGUGUUGCAAACUCCAUUCUGGGUUGAUGAAAAACCAGAAAGGAAAUUAUUGGUCUGCGAUGAUCAUAAAGUGAAUAAAGCAAACAAGAUGCCUUAGAAGCAUUCAGCCUGAUUCUGUUCCAACGUGAAGCUGCAGUUUCUGGUUUAUCAAAAUUGAAGAAUGAAACUGUACUGUGAUUCAGCCUUGCAUAAUUUAUUGCCUGCCACCUGCAAACAUUAUCAUCAUCCUUUAAUCUAUGCAAGAAAACCAAUGAUGCACAAAUUUCCCUGCUUGCAUACCAGAGUUCCUCAACAACAAGAGCAGAAUCGGCUAGCCUGCGCCUCGUGCGAUUUGAUACAGUCGAGAAAGAAGUGGGUCUACACUCAUCCAUCCUUUGUCAUGUCUUGCCCACCGCACCUAGAAAGUGCUUUACCCCCUUGGUUUUUCUCAAGUUUCAACCAAGGUUCCCUUUGAAAUGGUUUUGACCUUCAUUUUUCUUCUUCCUGAUAUAAUAUCAAAAUUUUAUGGAAAUUAUUCUUAGCUGGGUUUUCCUCCUCUAUCAACUUGGACAUUUGAAAUUGUUUUGUUAAUAUAUCAGAGCAAGAGCU